UCGGCCAUUUUCCUCCCUUGUAGGUACGAUAAUUUUCCUCCACAUAUUUAGAAAUAAUCUGCUUUAAUCCUCAGUAUUUUGGCUGUGUUUGUCUAUUUCACGUACAGCCUGUAAUAGAGUGUUUUGUCACCUUUGAAAUAAGGGACGUAGGCAGACAUGGCCCCCAGCCGGAAUGGAAUGCUCCUGAACCCUCACUUCCACAAAGACUGGCAGAAAAGAGUCCGAACCUGGUUCAACCAGCCAGCCAGGAAGAUCCGCAGGCGAAAGGCUCGCCAGGCGAAGGCUCGUCGUAUCGCUCCGCGGCCCGUCGCCGGACCUCUCCGGCCUCAGGUCCGCUGCCCCACAAUCCGCUACCACACCAAGGUCCGCGCCGGGCGAGGCUUCACUCUGGAGGAACUCAAGGCAGCCGGCAUCCACAAAAAGACGGCCCGCACCAUCGGCAUCUCCGUCGACUCUCGGCGCCGCAACAGAUCCACAGAGUCUCUGCAGGCCAACGUGCAGCGCCUGAAGGAGUACCGCUCCAAACUCAUCCUCUUCCCCAGGAAGGCUUCUGCUCCCAAGAAGGGAGACAGCACUGAGGAGGAACUGAAAAUGGCCACUCAGCUGUCUGGUGCCGUGAUGCCCAUCAAGACCGUGCACAAGAAGGAGAAGGCGCGUGUGAUCUCUGAGGACGAGAAGAACUUCAAGGCGUUCGCCAGCCUGCGUAUGGCGCGCGCCAACGCUCGGCUCUUCGGUAUCCGCGCCAAGCGAGCCAAGGAGGCGGCCGAGCAGGACGUGGAGAAGAAGAAGUAACGUCGUCACCAUGGAACUUUGCAAAAUAAAGAGUUUAAAAGGAUAAA